AUGAGAACGAAUAACAACGCCGAGGGUACACAUUUAUUUCUUUUUCUCUUGAAAACUCAUACUGUUAUAUUCCUUUUAGCAUUUCACAGUCGUUUUAAUCGUCGAGUUUUAGUUCAUCAUCCAAAUAUCUGGUCUUUUAUAAAAUUUCUUCAAGGCGAAGAGAGCCGUUUUUACCAUAUGAAUAUUCAGUUCGCUGCAGGUCUAGGUGCACGGGCAAAACAAGCAAAAACUAUAGUAAUUCAACGCCGUACAGAUUGUCUUGAUAAACGAUAUUAUGAUGGUCUUAUUAAUGUAAUGGAGUAUUUAAAUGGUUUGUCUUUUACAGUUGCUAAACGGAAAAAAUGA